UGACGGCGUCCCUGCGCUGCAGAGCGCAAUCGGAGCAGGGAGCGGAGGACCCUGACGCACAGCGGGACCCUCUGGUCACACAGCGAGCUUCCACUGCUGGAGCCCAUUAAAGAAAUCGUAAUUAUUAAAUCGUUAUUUGAAAAAUUAUCCAACCAAACAUUGGAAUUCUGCUGGAAUAUCGACUGGAAACGUUGAGCCUGGACCUCACCACAACACCGCGACCUGGUCAAGCAAUCUCGGACUCAGACCAGCGUUUCCAGUGCCGCAGCAAAGCCCAUCGUGUGGAUGUGUGUGAACAUGUGUAUUUGAGUGCCUUUAAGUGUGCGCUUUUAGACUCCUGUGUGUGCCUUUGAGUCAGCGAACGUCUUGCUGUUUGAGUGCAAGGAUGAGGGCCAUCACUCUGCUGUGUCUCCUUAUGGCUGCGGAGGUCGGAGCGUCGCGGUUCAUCCGUGACUCCCAGGGCAGCUCCAAAACUCCAGAACCUUCCAAGAACAACACCUCCGUCCCAGUUCCACCCCUACAGCCGGUCCGGCCACGAGGCUCCUUCCCCCCCAUGUGCAUAAAGCCCACAGAGAUCAAGUACGCCUUCAAGUAUGUGAACACCGUCGUGUCGUGCCUGAUCUUUGUGGUGGGGAUCAUCGGCAACUCAACGCUGCUCAGAAUCAUAUAUAAGAACAAGUGUAUGAGGAACGGACCCAAUGUCCUGAUUGGCAGCCUGGCACUGGGGGACCUGCUUUAUAUUGUCAUCGCCAUCCCCAUCAAUGUGUUUAAGCUAAUAGCUGAGGACUGGCCGUUCGGCGUUUACGUCUGUAAGUUGAUGCCAUUUAUCCAGAAAGCUUCGGUGGGAAUCACCGUCCUCAGCCUGUGCGCCCUCAGCAUUGACCGCUACCACGCAGUGACAUCAUGGAGCAGGGUCAAAGGGAUGGGGAUCCCUCUGUGGAAAGCAGUGGAGGUGACUCUGAUCUGGCUGGUUGCCGUGCUGCUCGCAGUGCCCGAGGCGCUUGCGUUCGACAUGUUGGAGAUGCCGUAUAGAGGCACCAAGCUGCGCGUCUGUCUGCUGCAUCCAGAGCAGACCUCCAGCUUUAUGAAGUUCUACCAGGAUGUGAAAGACUGGUGGCUGUUCGGUUUCUAUUUCUGCUUCCCACUGGCCUGCACAGGAAUCUUUUACACACUCAUGUCCUGUGAGAUGCUCAGCCGCAAAAAAGGGAUGCGCAUCGCACUCAAUGACCACAUGAAACAGCGGAGGGAAGUGGCCAAGACGGUGUUCUGCCUCGUGUUGAUUUUUGCUCUCUGCUGGCUACCCCUUCAUCUCAGCCGUAUUCUGAAGAAAACAAUAUACGACCAGAAUGACCCCAACCGCUGUGAGCUGCUCAGCUUCCUGUUAGUGAUGGAUUACAUUGGUAUCAACAUGGCCUCCCUAAACUCCUGCAUUAAUCCAAUUGCCCUCUACUUUGUCAGCCAAAAGUUUAAAAAUUGCUUCCAGUCUUGCCUGUGCUGCUGGUGCUACAGAACAUCUCACUUGGAUGACGGAGGAAGACGAUGGAAGGGCUCUUGUCAUGGGAAUGGACUAGACCGCUCCAGCUCCCGCUCCAGUCAGAAAUACACAAGCUCUUCCUAAGCACACGCACACACACACUCAUCACACUUCUGCCCAACCCAUGUUCCCAUCACAAAUGGAGUGAGGUUGAAGGUGGAGAUAGAAGACUCUGACCCAAGCUGAUGAAUGACAUGACAGGACUGUACCUGUUCAGGCUGUAAUACUAACUGCAAAUGCUAUGACGCAAGGCUACAUAAAAUAUGUUCAUAAUACGACUCUGAGACUUGUGUAAUGGACUAAGAAUCUCUCAGUGGAUGAACGCUGUGAAUACAUUUAUAAAGAAUGUUUAUUACCAAAUGUAAAUUUAUGUACAGGAUUAUCUACAUGCAGAUUGCAGACAUAUGAUUAUAUCUAGCCUUAGUGCUUCAUGUAUGAAUAACAGCACUGAUAAGUACUACCUGUUGAAGCUGUAAUACCUCACAGGGGAAAGAUAGAGGGAUACCGUGACCCUGAGUUAAUUUCCGAAAGGCCUUAAAGGUUGCAAGUCUUUUGUCUAAAAAUGCACGAGUACGCCUCUGCGUAUGAAGGCAAUCAGUAGCUGAUUAUCUGACAAUCUACUGCAUUCGUCACCGAGCUCCUCAGUAUGUCACCCAUGUGCUCUGGUGACAUCACACCAGGGUAAAAUGAGCUCCACUGUGCCUCUUACAGCCGUGUUGAACAUCAAAUAACUGGAAAUCAUCACUGACAUGAGUCAUGUGGAGGCCAGCUGUUGUCUGAGAAUGCUGGCAAAUACCAGAUGAAUCCGAUUGUGCUACACAGAAGAUCAUUAGGCCUGUUGUUAUUGCAGUAUUCAUGCGGUUUUCUGUUUCCACAUGUAUAAAGUCUUAACCCUUUCUCUUACAAUGUAGCUUUUAUUUUUCUAAGAAAAUAACACAGAACAUGUAAAGCUUAUUUUAUCUCCCAACACGUGGUGUUCCUUUGUUAUUUCUGAUAUUUCACCUCUAUACUUGUGACAAAUCUUGUGAUGCCAACACGUCAAGAAAAAGACUAUUUACACGUUUUCUUGCUCUAUCAGAGAGAAUACUUUGAUUGUGCAGCAUUAUCAUUUGGGAAAAUUACUGUAAGCAAACUUUAAACUUAGAUGAAUCAGUGCUCUUUACUCUGGCAGUACUGAGAGCAUACGCUGAAGACACAUGCAAGAUGAAUCCAUUUCAUAUUGUGCGUUUGUUUGCCUCUUGGUAUAUCGUGACUAGGAUAGGUGUUGUGUUCGGAAUUUUCUACAUCAAUUUAAUAAAGUAAAGUGACCUUCCAAACUCCAGAUUUGCUGAUUACCAGACGAGAUGUUUUCUUCACACUGAAGCAUUUUAAAGUAGACUUUAUUCAUGUAAUAUGUAUAAAUGUUCGGACAUUCUUUGCAUUUGCAGCAGCGCGCAGAUCAGUUGAUUGUGCCGUAUGUGACUCAUUAACUCAUCACAUCUGUUUAUGCCAUCUUCGCUGCAGUUUUAGCUACAUCUAACACACAAGGACCACUGAGCUACAAUAUGUAGAUGUAUGGGAAGGUCGAAGAUAAAAUGCAACGUAAAUAUUGGCCACAGCGUUUUAAAUUACAUUUAUACUGUACUUGUGUGCAGAGGGUAUGCUGUAAUAAAUGUUUUAUAGCA